AAUUUGGGAAAACUAAAACUAUCAGCUUGACCCAGAAUGAACAAGUCUGCUUUUCCUGAUAAUGUUGUCUCUUAACGUCUUACAGAGACUGACGAAAGCCUUAGACCUACUCAUGUUUACUUUUCCCGAACCAUCUCUAAUCUGAGUAUUCUUAUAACUCAUAACUUAUGUUUACCUUAAGAGGCUAAAUUCACAUUUCUUGCAUUGGGUAUUUUCAUUCACAUCGUUUUGAGCAUGUAGAAAUGACUAUGAUGGGCAUGACAGCACAUGUCAUGUGAUCAAUAAUAUCAACACGAAAAUUGACGUCGGUAGGCAACAUGUUACUCGCAAUUCGAAUUUGAAUAAGAUUAAAAAUUCAUGGCUAAUUCAUUUAUACAAAAACUGUAAAGCAACACAUAUUUAGGUCUUACAUGGCACUGAGUCUACAUAUCUUGCCACUAAUGCUAUAUAUCCAGGCUCCAAGUUGUUUGAUGUACCUGAAAACUGUGUUAAAGUAUAGCUUAAGAGUGGUCACUACAAACCUUGUGAGGAACAGGUCAAAAACCUUCAGGUAGAGCUUAAGGUAUAUAAAUAAAAGAUGUAUCAUUAAAAAGGUUUUGGGAAACUGGGCCCAGAACAGAUGGUGGAGUCCCUCGCCAUCCUCAGUGAGGAACACAGAGGGGGAGUGACUUCUUUCAGAUGAAGGCAGCCCUCUGCCGACGGAAUACUCUCCUCACAUCUUGUUCCUUACUGACACCUGUGCCAUCAUGCUCCUGUUCUCUCGGCUGAUUUUUGUUACACUCAUAAGUUGCAGUUGCAGUAAAACAAUAACACCCAUGAAGUCUGAAGAGUAUGUGUCAGAGGGAGGAAAUAUUACUAUUGGCUGCAAAUAUGAAGGAUACGGUGACUAUGAUGUCAACAACCUACAAUGGUAUUACCAAUACCCUGCAUCGAAACCAGAGUUCCUGCUUCUAAUUCUUCACAGUUCCCGUCAGAUUGAGCCAAAAAAUCAUCGUCUUAACACCAGACUGAACAAUGAGAAACCCCAGAUUUUUCUAGAUAUCCCAGCAGCUACAGUCUCAGACUCAGCAAUCUACUACUGUGCCCUGCAGCCCACAGUGAGAGGAAAUAUGGAGACACAAUACAAAAACUAUAAGAAUCAUUUUAAUCUAAAAAUGCCUGUAUUUCAUAUUGCAGGGCAGACGGCAGGUCAGCAUAUAACAUCGCUCGCAUCUGAGGAGAUUUCUAAAGAGGGGGACCCCAUCAGGUUCACAUGUAAUUACAGUGGGACUUACAGCUCAGACUCCCUGCUAUGGUAUCGCCAGUACCCCAGAGCAAAGCCAGAGUUUUUGUAUCUUCUGACUGAAGGAAAUCACAAACAAGAAGCGAACCCACCGGUCCAUGGGUUGUCUGUUAAACUGAACAGUGAGAAGGACCAGGUGUUUCUGGAGAUCUCAUCUGCUGAAGUCUCAUCCUCUGCUGUCUACUACUGUGCCCUGCAGCCCACAGUGACAGGAAACACGGCAUGGCCUGACAAAUACUCCACAGGCGAUACAAGGCAUGUGCAAAACAAAAAUAAAUCUACAGAGAUGGCCUUGUGUGUUUAAGAGUCUUGCCUCUGGUAUUUCAUCAACCUUUACACUUGAGUAUACAGUAACUUGUUAAGUCAUUUAGGGUAUUCUGUCGUCACCUGUGCUCUUGCACAUGCACUAGUCAUGCUUUUACUGAAAUAUAUACAGAAAUCAUACAACCUCCAAACUUAAUGUAACGUUAACAUUUAUUUUAGAAGAUCUUUACCAGUUAAAAAUAAAAGUUUCAUCAUUUAAGGUUUCAUACACUGUAUUUCGGUCCCAGACUUCCCUCUGAUUUUUAUCCCACCAACAAAAUGGCUUCAUUUAAACAAUUAUCCUGAAAUUAUACAACUACAUGCAUAUUUUCAUAAAGUUGGAAGUGAGCAUGAACAUUACCUCCACACCUUUCCACACAGCCUGAUGAGGUCUAGUGUACCAUCCACACAAGAUAUGAAUGGGAGGAGGAGAAGCCCAACCCCACUGAGGAGUCAGACUCUCAGAAGAGGGGACAGAACUAACAGAGCACCUCCUUCAACAUCGAGAGGACAUUUGACUGACACUUAAUAUGAAGAUGGAUCUGUUCUUUGUGCUUUGGGUAUUUUCUACAAAUUUAGGUAUACAGAGAUUGUGCGUUGUGUGUUUUUUUAUGCAAUUGCGCCUUAAUCUCAUUAGUUCAUUUCAUUUGUUUGUACUCAUUAGUUUCAUUAAUUAAUUUCAUAGAAUAUGUUAUUUUAUUUAUUUUUAUUUAUCCUUUAUUUUACCAGGUGAUGUCCCAUUGAGAUAUUCAAAUCUCUUUUACAAGGGAGCCCUGGGGCAACAGGACAGACAGUUAUGACAGCACAAUUAUUAGUAGUAUGAUUAUCAUUAUUAAUUUAUUAUUAUUAUUAUUAUUUUCUGUUCUACAGGUGAUUGCAAUGGACUGGCUAUACAGCCAAGCAUGACUGAGAGUGUAUUCUCUGAGGGCAGCCUUGUGUCUCUGUCAUGUAAUUACACUGGGACAGCGAACACAGAGUCCUUGCUGUGGUAUCGACAGUACCCAUACUCAGGACCAAAAUUUCUCUACCUCUUCAGUGAGACCAGUUUCAAACAGGAGGCUGACCCUCCAGUCCCUGGGUUGACUGUUGAACUGGACAGUGAGCAGAGCCGUGUGUCUCUGCACCUCUCCUCUGCUCAGCCCUCUGACUCAGCGCUCUACUACUGUGCGCUGCAGCCCACAGUGUUGGGGAAACCUGACACCCUGUACAAAAAGCUCAACGUGGCUGUUAAAACUGUUACUAUAAAUACCUGGCAAAGUUUCAUAAAGUAAAGGCACAGCAACUAAUAUA